UUUUUACCAUCUCCUUUUCACGCUUAUCUUUACACCCUUCCUUUUCCGUUAACCCUCUCACCAUAUAAUCAAAUGACCGUCAGCAGAACACGCGCGCGAGAGGUCAUCACGUACCACGAGUCGUCGGACUCCGAGGUCCCCAGCGAUGACGAGCCCGAAUUCCAGAUCAAGACCGCCCCAAAGAGAAAAAACAGCGCCAAAUCGGUCAACACGAAACGGGCGAAACGUGUGGAAGCUAUUGAAGCGGAUGACUUUGUGGAGAACCAUCUCUACCAGGCGCUUUCCAGUCCGGAGAGCUCGGUUGUCGAGUUGGUACAAGAUUGGUUAGAUGACUACGCGGCUGGUGCGGACCGUGCGACACGCGACCUUCUCAACUUCUUGCUUCGCUGCUGUGGCUGCACGCACCAGCUCGAAGAGCAUGAUGUGCUGAACUUGGAGAGCGCGCAGGACACUGUGGGUGAGCUCCAGGCGAUCUUUGCGCUCCAGGCGUACCACGAGUACCCGUUCGCGUCGCGGCGUACAGAGUUGCGCUUCUUUCGGCGGAACUGCUUGGACUUUAUCAGCAGUGUAGUCGAGCUAGCCAACGAAAAGGGCUUGUUGGAGGAUGAGGGCGACUUUAUGGAAAAGUUGCUUACGUGGUUCUCUGCACUUUCCUCGUCAAACCUCCGCCCGUUGCGCCACGUGGCGACGCUCUUCUUGCUCAACAUGGAGACAAAGCUCUGUGAAGUGGUUGUAAAAACCGCCAAUCUUUUGGAAAAGAACCAGCGCCAGUUGGAGAACGAAUCCGCCAAGCAGGCUGACAUCAAAGAAAAGAUCAAGACGAAGAAGCAGCGACUGAAGACAGAGAAGGAGGCGAAAAAGUUGGCCACAAGAGUCGAGACGGUCGAGAAGACCAUCGCCUUGUACAGUGCCCAGAAGGUUACAUUGGAGGACUACCUCAAGGACAUCUCCAACACCACAUUUGUGCAUCGCUACCGCGACGUGGACCCCCAAAUCCGCGUAGAAUGCAUGAAGCAUCUUGGGCUCUGGAUGGACAUUUAUCCAGAGCUUUUUUUCGAGUCGACCUACCUCCGCUAUUUCGGCUGGCUCUUGAACGAUGCGUCGCAUCUCGUGCGCGUGGAGGUGGUGCGCGCGUUAACACGUUUGUACCGCAAGGGCAUCAUUGUGCCGGGGUUUAGACAGUUUACCGAGCGUUUCAAGGGCGUUCUUGUGACAAUGUUGCUACACGACGCGGACUUUCAGGUUAGAUCUGCCCUUGUGCACUUGUUGACGGAAGUCGCCAAGGUGGGCUUCUUAGAGCAUGCUGAAACGGUCCAGAUCGCCUCGUUGAUCUUUCACCGCGAGGCUACGGAGGGGAAUACUGCCAAGUUGCAUGCCGAAUUGGGCAAGUUUAUCGAGCUCGCCGAAGCAGAUCAGACAAGGAACUACCGUGAAAAGUUCCAGGUUGAGAUCCUCAACAUGGCGGGGGAGUUUCCAAUCGAUUUGGACGAAAUGAUCAAGUUUCGCGGGUUGGUUGAGCUUUUGUCACAAGCUCAGGCAUAUGAAACAGACUCCAAGGAUGAAUCCAACGAUGAUUCUGCUACCGAUAUCUUCUCCGUUGCCAGGUCGCUCUUUCACUUGCCUCGCUACAAGUCCUGGGAGUUCAUGGUCACUUAUCUCCUCCUCGACCUUUCCUCCGUGAAAGCCCUCGUGCCACUGUCUGAGUUCUGCAAGAUCAUCGAACUUCUGAAACCCCACCAGGUGGUUCUUUUCGACCUCAUCGCCGGUGCCACGGCUUUGAUCCUUUCAGACGACCCUCUGAAGAAAAAGGAGGCUGAUUACAUCGACCUUGUGGUCACCAAGACGGUCCAGUACCUUCCACUGUUGCUCACCGCGUUCCAGGCAUCUCCGGCGUUGCUCAGCUGCUUUAUUCGUUUCUUCGGGCUCUUUGAUAUCGCGCGCUUCCGCGACUUGCAUCAAGAAUGUGUCUACUUUGCAACGUGCAAACAGCUCCUCCGGUUGUUCCCGGGCAACAUUGUUGAGGUUGCCUCUUCUGGCGCUAAGGCAGAGAUGCGGACAUUUUUCGCCAGCAUUCUCCUCACAGACCAGUACGUUCAGCAGGAACUACAAGCGGAAGUCAACCAGAUGACGUCGCUUUUGGCCUCCCAGCUCCGCGCGCAUAUUGCUGGUCUCAGCACCGCCGGCCAGGACUCCUUGGUCCAGAUGGAGGAGACAGUAGAGAAGUUAGUCUUGGUGGGUUCCUUGCGUGAACCGAUGGAAAUGGCAGAGCUCUGUGAGGCUGUGCUCACCGAUGUGAUGACAUACUUGCCGGAUUUGGGCUUGGCCGAGGCAAGCAAUCGCGUUUCGACUGCGGUGGAGGUCCUUUUCCAGCUUCUUUUGGCGUUCAGUGCGUCCAGGUUGGAAAGGAUGAUGAGGUGUGACUCUUAUGAGGUGCAGAGCGCCCUUCCAGCGUUGCCAGACUACUUUUCCGAAGUUUUGGCCAUCGUGAAGGCGUUCAGAGUGGUUUUCUGCGUGGAAAACGCCAAGAACUUCAGCGUGCAGUUGCGUGCCAGUGCCGCUGCUGCCUACAUCGACAUCAUGACCGCGUUUAAGAUUUUGUACGUAAAGUUCAAGGGCAGCCAUAACUUUGAGCUGUUUGACCGCUUCUUCGAGGACGACUUGAAUGAAUUGGUGCUUGCCGCGUCGGACCAAGAAAGCCUCUUGAAUGUAUUCCUCUACCGCGAGGCUGCCUUGGCGGACGUCCUUGGUGUUGACUUGGACAGAGGCGAGGAUGAAGGGGUCAAUUACAGCACCGGUACUGAGGUGGAAAAAGCACAGGCCGAGAGUGACUUAGGGGUAUACACCUUGAAGCUUCUCUCGUUGAAGCACGUCAUGAUGUUGGGGGAGUCAGUGGCACAGCGCUUAGGCUUGAACAAGCUGGUUUUGGGCGAGUUGUUUGCAGGUAUUCUUGUUGAGAAAUCUCACGCCCUGGUUGAAGCAGUCCCCGAUCAGGUGGUGUCGCAGGCUGACCCGAUCGAAGAAGAGCGCGACAUUCUCUUGGACACAGUUUUGGAGAUACAAAAGGUUGAGGACUGGGAGGAGGGUUUCAGUCAGGUAGUGCCGGUGGAAGACGAGCAGGAGGUGGAUAUCCACUCGAACGAGGUUAUCGAUUCCAGUGAUGAUUAG